AUGGUCUCUAAGCGCAUGGAUAUUAUCCGCAAGAAACAAGAGAUAGACGGAUUAGACAACGAGAUUAUUGAUUUCCUUUCUCAGUCCACCAGAAGUAGCACGCAAAGAAUAUAUGAUAGUGGAUGGAAGAGAUGGGUUGAGUGGUGUGCACAUCAAACACCGGAAGUCAUACCAGAAGAAUAUCAACCAAUGCAAGUAGUACGAUACCUUUUAUCAAUAAAACAUCAGUCGCCCCAAACACUAAAUGUAGCAAGAGGAGCACAGAUUACAGAAGCCAUAUUUGUGCCUAGUACUGAGAACAGUACCACAUCUGUAGUCGUAACGGAGUCAACACCAAUUGUGUUAGCGCGGCUCGGAGAGCCUAUACCACAUCUUUCGUCUUCACUUCGUCAACUUCCCCAUUUUAUCCAAGCCGCUGUGGAUGUUACACAUACUGCUGUGGAUGCUCUUAGGUCACCUGAGACUGCUGUGUUAGGCCCACUACUAAUGAUCCUAGGGAUCAUUUGUUAA